GCGCGGCUGUGUAGUCUUGAAGCUGAGAUUCUGGACAGACCUGGUGGUUUCAGGGUGCCAGGAGGCAGUUUUAGGGGAGCGCAGUGAUCCGGUGACAGCAAGUUGGCGAACUUAACCCGGGACAAACCCAGCUUCACCUGUACGGAAACGCUCUCUGUAUAUAUAUUUUCUUCUAUCUCUGUCACAGUUCCCUCUCAUUUUGGGGGGAAUAGUGCGCAGCUGACUGUUCAGUGAAGAUGGAGUAUGUAUGGGACUGUGUUUCCUCUGCUGGGAUGUUUGUUCUCGGGGUACUGUCGGUGCUGUGGCCGGCGCUAAAUGGAGUUUGGAGUUUUAACCUUUACGCAGAGCAUCCUACGGUUUACAGGGGUCCCGGUGGAAGUUAUUUCGGUUAUUCUGUGGACUUCUAUCAAGCUACCGCCGACAGCAACACAAUCAGUGUGUUGGUGGGGGCACCCAAGGCGAACACCUCCCAGCCCGGUGUUGUGGAGGCUGGAGCCGUCUACUACUGCCCAUGGCCUGGACUCCCAGACAGCUGCAGACAGAUACCUUUUGACAAUUCCAAUAACAGGAUGAUAAAGGUAAACGGCACCAGAGAGCCUCUGGAGUUUAAGUCGCACCAGUGGUUUGGAGCAUCGGUCAGGACACACAAAGGAAAAGUGGUGGCAUGUGCUCCUCUUUACCACUGGCGGACAGUGAAGCUGAGUGGCGAGAAGGACCCCGUGGGGACCUGCUAUGUGGCUGUCCAGAACUUCAGCGCCUACGCAGAGUACUCACCCUGCAGGACCAAUGAUCCAGACCCGGAGGGACAGGGGUUCUGCCAGGCUGGCUUCAGUGUGGAUUUCACCAAGGAAGGAAUGCUGGUGGUAGGAGGACCUGGAAGCUUUUACUGGCAAGGUCAGGUGAUGACAGCAGGGAUAGCUGAGAUACUGAACGGCUACUCUUUGAAGGCAGUGCUGAGACGGGUUCCAGGAGAGAAACACACCAGAGCUGCUGAAGACACACAUGACGACAGCUACCUUGGUUACUCGGUGGCAGUGGGGGAGUUUACGGGAGACUCCGAACAAGAGCUUAUAGCCGGAGUCCCAAGAGGAGCACAGAACUUUGGAUAUGUGGCAAUGAUCAACUCCACCAAUCUGACCUUCAUCCAGAACUUCACAGGGGAACAGAUGGCCUCUUAUUUUGGCUACUCGGUGGCUGUCACUGACCUGAACGGAGAUGGGACCGACGAUGUGCUGAUUGGAGCGCCCCUCUAUAUGGAAAGAGAGAUGGAGAGCAAACCCAGAGAGGUGGGGAGGGUAUACCUGUACCUACAGAUGGCCCCGCUCACUUUCUCCAAACUUGUUGCCCUCACCGGCACACAUACCUUCGGGCGCUUCGGCACAGCUAUAGCACCCCUGGGAGACAUCAACAUGGAUGGAUACAAUGACGUGGCGGUGGGCUGUCCGUUCGGAGGCGAGGAGCGUGGAGGGAGAGUAUUGAUCUUUAAUGGUAACAGAGACGCAUCCACGCAAGGCCUGACACUGAGCCAAGAGCUGAGAGCAGCCAGGACCCCCAGUGACAGUUUGCUUGGAUAUGGAUUCACUCUGAGAGGAGGCCAAGACCUGGACAACAAUCAGUAUCCUGAUCUGAUCGUGGGGGCGUUUGGCGCAGGCGAGGUGUCGGUGUACAGGUCUCGAGCUGUGGUGUCUGUGGAAGCUGCAAUGAUCUUGACUCCCAGAAUCCUGAACCCUGAUGAACGACGGUGUCACCUGCCUGAAACAGAUAUUAUGGUUACCUGUCUUAAUGUGGACGUGUGCGCAGCAGUAAGUGGAGUGGGGAUCCCCAGCUCUGUAGACCUGAGAGCAGAGCUGCAGCUGGAUUGGCUGAAAGGCACUAGAGGUGGAGUUAAAAGAGUUUUGUUCCUGGACACCCAGCAGCAUCAGCGCACGGGGCUCCUAAGAUUGGGUCUCAACCGCCCACGUGCGUGUCUGAGCUACACCAUUUUCCUCAGAGAGGAUGAUGAAUACAGGGACAAACUGACCCCGAUCGCACUGGCUCUGAACUACAGCUUGGCUCCACCCUCUCAUGGCCAAAACCCCCCACCCAUUCUCAACUAUUACAGCAGCACCUUUCUUCAAGAGCAUGCCUACAUUCUCCUGGACUGCGGUGACGACAAUAUUUGUAUCCCCGACCUCCAGCUCUCCGCCAGCAUGGAUCGCUCAGAGCUGGUGAUUGGGGAUGACAAUCUGGUCAUGUUAACCAUCACUGCGGUGAACCAAGGAGAGGGAGCCUAUGAGACAGAGCUCCACACACUGAUACCACCAGAGGCUGACUAUAUUGGAGUGAAGCGCAGGGUGGAGUCUCUGUCUCAGCUAAACUGCGAGUACAAGAUGGUCAAUGAGUCCAGAAUGGUGGUGUGUGACCUCGGGAAUCCAAUGGUGGCUGGGACAGAGCUGUCUGUUGGUUUGAGGUUUUCUGUCCAAAGGCUGGAAGAUGCCGGACCAAAGAUCAGCUUUGAGCUACAGAUUCACAGCUCCAACAAAGACAACUCCAACAGCAACCUAGUCAGUUUGAAUUUGUCCAUCGUUGCUCAAGCUCAACUGGAUUUACGCGGGGUGUCUCAUCCCUCUCAGGUGGUGCUGCCGUUCCCACGCUGGGAACCCAAAGAGAAGCCUGUCAAGGAGGACGACGUGGGACCACAAGUAACACACAUCUAUGAGCUCCAUAACUUUGGUCCCAGCAGUAUUCGGGAGGCUGAGCUCCAGGUCGGCUGGCCUUCCCGUUUCCGGGACGAGAACCUGCUGUAUGCCAUGGAGAUUCAAACUGACGGACCAAUUAGCUGCAGGACGAACACCAGCCUCAAUCCACUUAGCCUUCAGAUUUCCUCUCUCCAGGACACACCAGAGUUAUUGGGUUUCUUGAGGAACACCAGUGUUCCUCCUCACCGCCACAAACGAGCCAUCACUGCCGUUGAGAGUUAUAGCGGUAAAACUUUGAACUGCACUAAUAUCUCCUGUCUGAGGAUCAUGUGUGUGGUAGGCCGGUUGGACCGUGGGCAGAGCGCGGUGGUCAAGGUCCGCUCAAGACUCUGGGCGCAUACUUUCUUGCAGCGGCGUAACGACCCCUACAUUCUCAACUCUACUGUGUCCUUCAUGGUUACAGCCAUGCCAUACCGCAUCCAACCCGCCACCCUGCUUCAGCACACCACCUCGUUGGGGACCCUGGUGGUAUGGGGGACUCCUGAUGUGUCGUUUGCUGUUCCACUCUGGGUCAUCAUCUUAGCCAUACUGCUGGGGCUGCUGGUGCUGGCCAUGCUAACAUUAGCCAUGUGGAAGUGUGGUUUCUUUGACCGGGCGCGGCCACCAGCUGACGAUGAUGUCUCCGACCAGGAACAGCUGACGUCUGAUCAAACCGGGGACGCCUAACACUGUGCGUGGCUGUUCCUGAUUCGAGGACUUUGGUUUGGGAGGUGCACUUUCUGAGUAACUUAAAUCAGAUCUGUGAUCUGUAUUAGUUGGACCCUACAUUCCGUGGCUGGAGGUCAUCUGCCUCUAAGGUAAUGAAACUGACUAAAAGAAGAGACAGAGGACUGCAACGCCACACAGACUGGGACCAAAGAACGAGGUUCAAACCAGACAUAGUGGGACCAAAACACACUUAACAGGCUCAAUCACACACACAUGUCCAUCAUUUAUCCAUUGUGAUGAAGCACCAGAUCUGAAGACAGAAUGGACUUUGUUUGAAGACAAUGCUUUAAAUAUUUCUGAACAUAUUUGUGUGUCUGUGUAAAUGAGGCACAAAGAGACUUGAGAUCUAUGCACAAGUGCUUUUGUGAGUGUGAGAAGAUGUGUGUGUGUGUGUGUGUGUGUGUGUGUGUGUGUGUGUGUGUGUGUGUGUGUGUGUGUGUGUGUGUUUGUUUGUUUGUAGGUGCUGUACAUAUACGUGUUCAUUAUGUGCCUCUCGUGACAUGCUUUCAUUUAGUUAUGACAUUCUUUCCCCACCUGAUUUAAUUUAUCCAAUUAUUUCUUCGAGCUUGGCUGUAUACAGAUUCAUCACACACACACAUACAGAUGCAGCCACAUGCAUAAACACAAAGGCACAAAGUUAAUGUGUAUAUUUAUGAAUAUAUGUGCAAUAUGUGGGUGUUGCGUGAUACUGAAGCUUGUUUACACUGGCAUUAUUUUAUUAGAGCUUAAUGUGUUUAUGUAUAUAAAUGAUUCAUUGGUAUAUUAGAUAUUAGUUUUGCUGAACAACAAAAGCAAUUGUUUCAGCAGAUUUACAGUAAAGCCAAAUAACUAACUUAUUAUUGUCCUGAUAAAAUGACUUUUAAGAAUCUUAUCUCUGAGGAAACAGGCCACAUCUCCACAGCUGAAGCGCCGCUAGUUUGUAUUGUUUUUGUAUUAUUGUCUCUUGGGUAUUAUUGUCUUUACACUUGUUAAAGCACUUUGUAACUUGUUUUUGAAAAGUGCUCUACAAAUAAAGAUUAUUAUUAUUAUUAUUAUUAUUAUAGUUCAGGGUUCCCCUGUUCACUUUGGAUUCUUUUCUGAACAUUCCAGUUUAGAGGACUUCAAACUAGCUACUCCAAACUAUCUGCAAAGGUAAACAGUUCAAUAAAAAAAAUUCAACUGUGUGUUUAAUGUUGUCAUCUGAUAUUAAUGUAUCAUGCACAGGCAGGCGAAACAAAGCGGUCAGGGCAUCAACAGCUCCUUGGGUUAGAAACAAACUUUUAAAGUGUCCUGUUUGAGUAGUGUUUGGUUUUUGUAUCAAGCGUGAAGUUUUAAUUACAAUAAAGUGUUGUUUGGUUAUUCA